UUUUCAGCCCGAACGUAAUGGAAGAGUGGAAAACGUCUUUCCGAGAGAUUUAUGGAAGAUCACCAACGGCAGGAGAUAUUUCUGUAGCUCCGAAUCAUAUUAAAGCUAUACUUCAAUCUGAAAAGAAGGAGAAUGACGAGAAAAUCGAAGAGAAGCAAGCGAAACGUGGAGUGAAGCGGAAGAAUUUCGAAAUGAAAAUGAUGGAAGGCGAGCAAUUCAGCCCUAUCAAAAAACGAGUUAAUCUUAAUCAGCUCGGCUCGGAAAAUGAUAAAAAUCCAAUUCCACUGAGAUCUUCACCCAGAAAGAAAAUGAUUGCGAUCGAAGUUUUGCCGGAAAAGAGCAUGGUGUCGCCUAAAAAGAAGCCAGUGGGAUCAGUUCCGUUCGAAUUCGACGACUUUUCCCCUGUGAAGUCAUACUCCGCGAGCACAUCAAAAUCUGCCGUUAAAUCUACGCUAACACCGAUCAAAUCUCCAACAAAACGCGCUUACCAGAGACCAUUGAGGGAUCUCAAAAUGCUUCUCUUACCAACGCCGGAAAAGGGUCAAGAAGUUGAAGGUCCGGUUGAAGAAUUCGAUGAUGAGACAAACGAAGAUGUUGCCAAAGCACGUUCCUACAAUCCAGCAGCCAGAAAACUCGGCGGUUCAUCAAAAAGCGAUCAAAACUUCCAGAAAAUCAAUCUGAGAAAGAAGCAAUUCGUUCGCGGAAAAGUUACCGCAGAGCAGAAGCGAAAGUUGAAGAGAAAACAAAUGUUCAAGAAGAAGUACUGAAUAUUCUAAUUUGUCUAGAAUUUCAUUUUUACAUUAUUAUUAUUCGGAUUUUUAUGUAUUUUAUUUUAUCAUUCACUUAUCGGGUUUUUCAAAAACCGCAAUAAAAGUUUUAAAGUUUU